AUGCCAUCUCCUGCGACGCCACAACGUCCCUCCAAUCGUGGAGGAACUCCAAAAUCCACAUCAAAACCGCUGGACAUCGGAGAACCGCUGGGGGUGCACGACACGAACACAGUGCGCUCGAGAGUGCGAAAAUGGCAGCAGCAAGGCGGUGGGGUUGUCACAGUCGACGACCCCUAUGCUGAUGACGAGGAAAAUGACAUUAAAAUAAAGCCUGCCAAGAUCAAGGUAGAGAAGCUGGAGAAGCUGGAGAAACCGAUCAAGGAAAACCCCCCGACUACAAGGAAGCGCAGUCACAGCACGCCCCGCAAACGGGUGGUGAGCGACGAGCAUUGGAAGCGAACACGAAACCGAGCCUCAACCCAGUCCUCCUCGCGCAACCUGCCCACACCCAGGCGCAUCGCCGAAUAUACCAUCAAUGAAGGGCAGCCUAGGUCUUCACGGGGGAGACACGAUGAUACCGAAGAUGAGGACGAGAAACAUCGCGAUCUCCCUCGACUUCAUACUAAACGAGGCGCCGGGACGAAGUCGAAAUCUCCUGUUCGAGACACCAAGUCUGCGGGUGCACGACAGAAUAUUGAUACCAUCACCGAGAGCGACUAUGAGACGGACCAUCCCAGAUCCGUUGAGCCUUCAGAGCUUUCGGACAGAUUCAAGACGCGAUCGCCUCCUCCAGAGGAUGCAUGGGCAGCAAGUGAGGCGGAUUUCUCUGAGCUGUCGAGGAGACGCAAGCGCGGACCAGCAAAACCUCCCAAGGGUGGUAUAUUCGCACACAUGAUCGACGAGUCCAGAAAAAUGUUUGGGAUACCCGAACCCGAACCACCGAGACCUACGCCUACGCCAACUACGGGCCGUGGGGCCAAAAUCGAGGCAUGGCUGUCUGACACACCGGAUCCUUUUCUGGAUGAAGCCGGAUCUAAGACGGAUAUGCCAGCUCCUCUGGAUCUGAAGUCAGGCAGAGCAAGGCGAUCUCAAAGACUUGCUAACGGAGACGUGCAUGCUGGUACCGAGUCUGAACCAUCAACAAUCAGUGAGCGCCCAAAGAGCUCCGAGUCUCACCCAAAGAGCACAGUGAGUAGGCACUCCAAAGGAAAAGACAGCAUUUCUUCGAUCGACAAGACACCAAAGGCACAAGAUCGCGAGACAACCUCAGAAUCGAAGCGAUCUAGUAUAGAUAGAACCUCCAAGUUGUCUGUGAAGAGCAAAGAGGAUAGUCAUGUUGAAGACAAGCCUUAUGAGGAUAGCCUCGCACCCUCAGAGUCUGAUCUACACCCAUUCUCCGACGGCGGCUCUGAAGUAUCGGGACAUAAUGCUCCUGUACCACUUGGUCGCAAGAAGCCAUUCCCGACUACUGGUUACCAUCGUUUAUCAACGAUUGCCUCUACGGACACCUUGAGCACCACUGUUACAGAUGUAACUGAGCACGCACGGAAGUCUGCCUCUACCGAAAAGCGUAAAUCAAAACUUGCCGAGGAAGCAGAAGAAGCAGAAAAGGAUGAUCAGUUCGAUCCAGACUCAUUGCCAGUGGUCUCCUCGCAACUGAAAAGGCGGCUCACCACUCACAAUGACCUCAUGUCUGUGCUAUCUGUGUCGACUUCGCGCAGAAGUACCCGGUCGAAUCGGAGUAUUCGUACCAACAAAAGUCGCCUGGCCCAUGCGACAGUUGACGAUUUGCUCUAUGAGCUUUCAGCUGACGAGACAAAGUAUAUGCGUGAGCUGAAAACAUUGGUCGGGGGUGUUAUUCCGGUCCUCUUAACUUGUGUGCUGUCACGCUCCGAUUCGGCCAUUGCUGCAGGCCUGUUUCGGCCAUCUUUGGACCCUCAAGACGACGUGAACUUCUCAAAACCAAUCGUUGAUAUGGGAGUGGCGAUUGAGCGCCUCAAGACCCUGCACAAGCGAAUCCCGCAGGACAACGCGGAUGCAUUGCUUACAUGGGCGCAGGGUGCGCAGAGAGUCUACCGCGAGUACUUGAAGGCGUGGCGUCUUGGGUUUAAAGAUGUCAUUGUCAACCUCGCUCCUCUAGAAGAAGGUGAAGCGACGAACAAUGAUGACACGAAGAGCCUGGAUGAAGGCUUGGAGCGAGACGAAAGCGGUGACAUCGUAAACAGCGAGGGGGAAAAGGUUGAUGUGGCCUAUCUGUUGAAGCGGCCAUUGGUACGUCUAAAGUACCUGGCAAAGAGUUUCAAGGGCAUCAAUAUGCUGGAGCCGUCCUCGAAGGCCGAAGAAACCGCUGCCGCCUAUCAAAGUCUAGUUAUCGAUGCCCGAAAACGUGUCCGAGAUGAAAGAGCGAGGUUGGAAGAUGACUCUGCUGCUAGUAUCGACCCAACACGCACCAGAGAUCCGAUGACCUUGGGCGUCCUCCGCGGGAUCAGCAUUGAUCAGACUCGCCAUGUUCGUGCCCGCGAUUUCUUCAAUCUAUCAUUGUAUCACUCGAGUGGACAACUUGUAGAUUGUCGAGCUGAGCUUUUAUAUCGAGAUAACGCUUCGAGCAAAGGGCCCGGAGGUGAUCUUCUGAUUUGCGAAAUUGACCACACAGAUCGCUGGCUACUUUUCCCUCCCAUGGACUUAAGAUGUGUUUCAGCUCGCAAGGGAGAGUCGAAGCACGAGAUUAUAGUGAUGCUGCGCAGCGCUCCCGGAGACGAAACCAAAUACUGGCAAGAACUGAUCUCGCUUCGCAUUGACGAAGAAGAAGUUGGGUCUGAGUGGGUCUCAUUGCUCGGAUCUGACCCUAUUCCGCCUUCAAUUUGUCGAAGCCAAAGCUUCAUCAGCCGAGCCAAGCAGAACAAGGCUCGCAAGCCCUCUGCCGUCGGUUCUCCGCCUAGGCCACACCCAAAUGACAUCGAUAUCCCUAUCGGUGAGAAGGCGACCGGUAAACGACGCUCAUGGACCCCCAAAGUUCACUCGUCUGAUAUAAGUACUGUCAGCUCUGUUACCGAUGCUAGGAGCUCUUUGUCUUCAAUCGUCACUCGGGAGACUGAUUACACCACUGGAGGAUCCGAGCUGUCUGGCAAGCCUGCCCGUGCUGACCUGCCUCUUCUUCCUUCUACGGCUCCCCGGAACUCGCCAACUAGCCCGGAAAAGACUACCACUGGGCUCAAACGAUCCAAGGCAGCUAAGAGACUUUCUCGCUAUGGUGACAGCCCGGCUUCGGAGAUGGCAUCUCAGCAUCCAAUUGUAUCGGAUCAAGCACUCGAACAUAACGGGCCUGCAUUUGCCUCCCCUCAAACUCCAAGUACACCAACGGGAAGUAGAUUCUAUGGCGAAACAGAGGAAUCCCCAAGCAGAGCAUCGCCCAGAGAAAAGUCGCGCUCAAGAAUUCCUCAACCUCAGAAGACACCUGUCAGGGAACCCGAGCCGGAUUCUCCUAGGGUUUCAUCUGUGCCCUCAGCAAUUUUGCCCAUAAUCCCCAAAAUCCGAACUCCCACCCUCCCCUCCCCCCCUCAUCGGUCACCCAGCCCUGCAAAUGGCAAGCGCUCAACUACUCCAGUUCUCACUUCCAGUAGUGGUGGGCUCAAGCGUCGUGGCUCUUCUCCCCUGAAGCACGAAUAUGAACCCUCUACAGCUUCAGAUUACUCGGAAACCGACUCGGACGCGUCAACAGUGCGCCACUAUUCCUAUUCAUCGUCUGAUUACUCAAGAUCCGGUGGCUAUUCUGACUCGGAGGACGAUUACUCCUCGGUAUCUGAAGACGAAGACUAUAUUACGCCCAGGCCAAGAGCGCCCGCAGCCGAUGCGAUUACUGACGCCAGUUCUCUGUCGCCUUCUAAUUCUGUGUCUCAGAGUGGCUACCGUGCUGUGCCGUUGCAGCCUACCAAGAGUAACAAGGUCAUUGCGUCCGUCUUUGCCUGGUCUGAUAAAGGCAACUGGGAGCCUUUGCUUCCCGACGAAUGUAGCAUCGUCAUUAGUCCUGGAUUAAUCGAGGCCUUCGUCGUGGGCUCUGAACCUGAUCCAAACUCCGAUUCUCAAUCACCAAGGCCGCUCAUCUCUCUUGAACUGACACCACUCGUUCCUAUCCGCCGUGGCACUGCUAUUGAUAUCAGUAUCCGCUCUCCUCCCACCGAGCGAUCCAAGAUCACCUCCAGUAACAACAUCAUGUUCCGGUCAGGCAACCCUGAUGAUUGUGAUGCCUUAUAUGGUCUAAUCAACCAAUCGAGGAUCAAUAACCCAACAUAUAUCGCACUCCAAAACGCUCGUGGUCCAUUCGACGGUCAUGUCUCUACCUUUGAGCCUGCCCCCAAAUCCGGCGGAGGCCUGUUUGGCUGGCCCCGACGCAGAAAGAGCUAUCGCGCAUCAAGCUCCCCACGGUCUUUAGCUGAAGGAUCUGAGAGCAGCGUGGGAACCAUGAGCAGCGCGUUCUCCGCCCUCAAACGCUUCGGCAAUGGCAGCAAAAUGUUCAACAUUUCCCGCUCAACCAUCGAAUCCCGCAGCGGCCGCGAAGGCAGCAUCUACUCCGGCUCCGGUGAUUCCGGCAACAACCCAUCUCCCAACUCCGGCAUGGGCCGCAUCGCUGCAGCAGUCAAAGGCGCCGACGGCAUCGGUCUCUCGAACGCGAAGAUCCGCCUGUACGCGCGCGAGUCGGCCUCUAAGUGGCGCGACAUGGGGGCCGCGCGCAUGACCAUCAUGCCCGCACCUCCCAAGAACCCCUCCCGCCCUGGCCCGGCUUCCCCCCGCGGCAGCCUCUCGGUCGAGAAGCGUAUCAUCAUCCGCGGCAAGACACGCGGCGAGACUCUCCUCGACGUCUGUCUAGGUGAGAAUGCCUUUGAGCGCAUUGCCCGCACGGGUAUUGCAGUAUCGAUCCGCGAGGAGAAUGAAGAUGCCUCUAUCGCGCAGAAGGGUGGUGUUGCUACUGGAUCUGGGAAGAUAUUUAUGAUUCAAAUGAAGAGUGAAGCUGAGGCGGCUUAUACCUUUGGGCUUGUUGGCAAGCUCAGGUAUUGA